AGUAACAACACACACGCGAAAUGCAAAUAGUGGAAUAUCAUUCAGAAAACAGCGAAUCUAUGUUGGCCAGCUAAACGUUGACGUCAGUGUAGUGUAGCACAGUAAGGAGAGAGACGUAUUUCGUUUUCAGUUUUGCUUAUUUUGCCUAUUCACUUGCCUGUCCGAUUCUUGGCAAUCCCAUCUGCUAACUCCCCCCCUCCCCUUUCGCUAUUUCGUGUGUCACAUCAGCAUCACAGGCUGCAUUCUAGCCCGCGCGAGUUCCGGAGUUCGGACACACGUUUCGGCUUUGCUGCUUUUAUCGUCAACAGUUAUGCUCGGCCUUUAUUCCGUAGACCAACGGAUUUGAUUUUCAUCGACAAUCAUGGUUGUGGAGCGCAGAAAAAACAAGAAACGCAGAGACGAUGGAGUAGAUGGCUCAGCUGUGGCGGACAAACCAUCGAAACAAGAAUAUGCUGUAGCCAAAUGGAUUCGUAAUAAUGUGCCGUCCAAAAAAACAAAGUUCGACAGAAAUCAUAUUGUGGAGUAUUUUACGGGAACUAGAGCAGUUGAUGCAUUACUGGAAAAAUCACCAUGGAGCAAAACUAUUUUUGAAACAAGACAACAUGUUGUUGAUUUCUUAGAAACUAUGCUGAGGCAUAAAUUUUUUCACAGAGCUAAAAAAAUUGUUAUUACUGAGGAUGAACUUAUUCGCAUCAAAGGAGUAAAAAAGAAGGGUAAAGAUGUAAAAGAGACGAAAGAGGAAAAAAAGUUAUCAGAAAAAGAAAAAAUUAAGGAGAAAGAAAAGGAAAAAAAGAAAGAGAAAGAAAAAGAAAAGGAAGAAUAUAAUGAUACCAAAGAUGGAGAAAAAGAGGAGAAGAAGGAUUGUGAUGACAAAGGAAAAGGAAAAGAGCUAAAGAAAAAACCGAAAGUUCGAUUAGAAAUGCAUAUGAAUCAGUGUUUUGUUGAUUGCAAUGAUGCAUAUGUGUGGAUUUAUGAGCCAAUUCCAGUAUAUUAUUGGUUCUUUGGCACAUUGCUUGUUUUAGGAGCUAUCGGUGUUUGUCUCUUCCCUCUGUGGCCAAUCACAGUGCGUCAUGGUGUUUGGUAUUUGAGUAUAGCUGCAGCAGGAUUUCUUCUCUUCAUCUUAUCCUUAAUUGUUGUGAGGUCGAUAGUUUUCUGUAUUAUAUGGGUAUUAACUUUUGGCAGACAUCACUUCUGGCUAUUUCCAAACUUAGUCGAAGAUGUUGGAUUCUUUGCAUCCUUCUGGCCUUUGUAUCAUUAUGAAUACUGUGGCCCAUCUUCUGGUGAUAAAAAGGCUUUGAAGAAGAAAAAGCGUAAGAAGGAUAAAGAUUCCGAUGCCGAAGAUGGAGGAAAUUCUCAUUCGGAAGAAAAAUCAGAAUCAUCAUCAGAAGCCUCAAAACCCAAUUCUCCAUCAGCUAGAAAAUCUGAUAAUGAGAAGAAAAAUCAGGGGUUGGAUGGACAUGAAGCAAGCGAAGAAGGCUCUGAAAGUGAAAAAUCAAAUACAGGAGGGGAUUUCGAAAUGCUGUGAGACUGAAUUUAUGUAUAAGAAAAAAGUAAUACAACAGCAUACGGAUGGGUUUGUUUUCAUGUAUGUUAACGAAAAUCGUUUGACCAGCCUUGAAGAAUAAGUCACAGAUUUUAAACACACUGCAAAGUGCUUUCAAAGCUAAUUGUUUAAUUGGACGUUGUACAUGCACACAGAAAUUUGAGCAGAGUUUGCAUGUCAGGAGCAGGAGCAGGACUUGGAAAGGAACUGCAACUUUCGAACUUGAAAAGGAAAAAGUUAUGCCGCCUUGAAGGAUCGAUUUUUCACUGGGCUGUGGUUUUAUCACGCAUUGAAAUUAAGUUGAUGCCUUUAUCGUGAAAAAACUUAUUAGUAAAUUUUAUACGCUGUCAAGCAGUUUUUAUUCAGCCACAAUAAUGAUUGGUUUGACACCAUUUUUUUACUUGCAUGUGCUUCCCGACACACUUUUCUGGUUCCUUUUGUUUUUUAAGGACUUGGUUAUUUACUCCAUUAACAAUUAUCUCAAGUUACUUAUGAAAUGUACAAUAGUUUUUAUUAUAAUAUAUUAUUACGAGAAAAAUGAUAUUAUGUAUGAGAACAGUUAUGAAUUAUAGAGGUAUAAUAUAGAAAUGAAAAAAAAACUUUGGUAAUGUAAAAAUCGAAGACUAUAAUAAGAUG